GGGGGCGUGGAGGGUCUGGGAGGGGCGAGUGGAGGCGCGAAUCUAAACCUCGCAAGGUACGCUGCGGCUAACCCCGAGAGCUCUGCGAGGAGGCCAGCGGGAUCCAGGGAAUCACCCACUGAUGGUUUUCACCCAGGCCUGAAACAGCCAGCACCAGAGAGCCACCUGAACAGAAGCGCCUGCCGAAGGAAUUUUCCAAGUGCUCAAAAGCCGGGCUUUGCCGCUCCUGUGGUCAGCCCAGGAGGCCACCAGUGGGAUUUGAGGAUCGGCUCCACCUCGGACCAUGCAGGGCCAGAGGCUGCCCCUUCGUGUGGCCACCCUGCUGACGGGGCUGCUGGAAUGCCUCGGCUUUGCGGGCGUCCUCUUCGGCUGGGCAUCCCUGGUGUUUGUCUUCAAAACAGAACAUUACUUCGAGGAGCUGUGUGAACCGAAUGCCAGGCUGAUGGGCAAUGCCACGGGGCUGGAUGACUGCAAAGCCCAGGACGAGCGCUUCUCACUCAUCUUCACCCUGGCAUCCUUCAUGAACAACUUCAUGACGUUCCCCACUGGCUACAUCUUUGACCGUUUCAAGACCACCGUGGCCCGCCUCAUAGCCAUAUUUCUCUACACCAGCGCCACGCUUACCAUAGCCUUCAUCUCUGCAGACUCAGCUGUGCUGCUCUUCCUGGCCAUGCCCAUGCUCACCGUGGGAGGAAUCCUGUUUCUGAUCACCAACCUGCAGAUCGGGAACCUAUUUGGCAAACACCGCUCAACCAUCAUCACCAUGUACAAUGGAGCAUUUGACUCUUCCUCAUCAGUCUUCCUUAUCAUUAAGCUCCUUUAUGAACAGGGCAUCAGUCUCAGGGCCUCCUUCAUCUUCAUCUCUGUCUGCAGUGCCUGGCAUGUUGGGCGUACUUUCCUUCUGAUGCCCCGGGGGCACAUCCCCUACCCGCUGCCCCCCAACUACAGCUAUGGCCUGUGCUCUGGGGAUGGCCCCGGAGAGGAAGAGAAGAAAACGGUUGAGUCCCAAAAGCUGGAGCUUUCAGAGGAGUUCAUUUCACCAAAGAAAGAGAUCCCAACACCAGGGCAGCAGCAGGAACCCCGCUCUUUCCGGAGCUACGCUUUCUCUCGGCGCUUUGCCUGGCACCUGGUGUGGCUGUCUGUGAUACAGUUGUGGCACUACCUCUUCAUCGGCACCCUCAACUCUCUGCUGAGCAACUUGGCCAGUGGGGACAGGGUACUAGUCAGCACCUACACAAAUGCCUUUGCCAUCACUCAGUUCUUUGGAGUGCUGUGUGCCCCCUGGAAUGGCCUGCUCAUGGAUCGGCUUAAAUACAAGUACCAGGAGGAAGCAAGAAAGACAGGUUCCUCGGCCUCGGCGGCGGCCCUGUGCUCAACAGUGCCUUCGCUGGUCCUGACGUCUCUGCUGUGCCUGGGCUUCGCCCUCUGCGCCUCCAUCCCUGUCCUCCCCCUGCAGUACGCCACCUUCAUCCUGCAAGUGAUCAACCGCUCCUUCCUCUACGGGGGCAAUGCUGCCUUCCUCACCCUCGCGUUCCCUUCAGAGCACUUUGGGAAGCUUUUUGGGCUAGUGAUGGCCUUAUCGGCUGUCGUGUCUCUGCUCCAGUUCCCCAUCUUCACCCUCAUCAAAGGCCCCCUCCAGAAUGACCCGUUCUAUGUGAAUGUGAUGCUGGCGCUCGUCACUCUUCUGACGUUCGUCCACCCCUUCCUGGUGUACCGGGAGUGCUGGCAGAAAGAAAGCACCCCUGGGGUCGCCUAGUUCAGAAGCCCUCACUUUUCAGCCCUGAGGAUGUGUCAUCUUCCUUCACCUUUGAGCACCCCGUGUCCAGAAAGACUUUGCCCACCCAGGCUACUUGUAUAAAGUAGCCAUUAUUUUUUCUUAAAACGAAAAGACAUAUUUAACUGUCUACCAAGCCUUCUUAUCGGCAAGACAAGAAGCAAAGUCACGUGGAAGUUCUUAGUUUCAGGGUAGGAAGCGCGUGGCCCUGGCAGAUGCUUGGCCCGAGGUGGGGUGAUGUGAUGGGAGGGUGUAUCCCCUGCUUCUCCGGGCCUCUUUGUCUCUGAAGCCCAUGUGUGCCUGGGCCCUGUGCUGCCGGGUAAGUUUCCAGGUGAAGAGUGAGGUUGUCGUGGCCUCAGCUUUGCCCCCCUGGCAUUCAGAAGUGGCACCCAGCUCUCCGUCAGAGCCCCAGCCUUGUUAGGGAAUGAGCCUGGGGAGAAAGAGGAAGCAGACCGGGUGGGGUGGGGGGCCCCGGGCUGAGUCCCGGCUCUCCCGCUGAUGCUGAGUGACCUUGAGCGGACCCUUCUCCCCGCCGAGCAUCAGUUUUCCCACCUGUAGAAGGAGAGGGUCUUGGAGUUGGAGGUUCUUUCUGGAGUUCACGUUCUGGAAGGUUUUAAGAACAGUGACAAAGAGUUAGGCCACCCGAAGGGCCUUGGGAACCAGCUAGCCUGCUUGACCAAAGGAUUUCUGAUGAAGCCUUUUUGGGCAUGUUUUCCUCUUCAAGAAGGGAGAUGAUUAUUUACUUUGGGUAUUAUAUAAAAAUGUCCUCUGGGGAAUCGUUUUAUAAUAUAUUGAAUUAUAUAUUAAAUAGUUUUAUUUAAAAAAUAAAGCCUUUCUGCCUAAGGC